AUGUCCCAGAGUUCUACCAGCACAGAAGAAUGGCUGCUUAAGGUGCGAAGAGAUACUAUAUCUUCCAUGAUUCAGCAUAGUGGGCUAAAUGAAUACAUAAUGUUAGCUAAGGGUGAUGAUUGUAGGAGAACUACUCAGAUAGACCUCAUUGAAAAGUAUUGCAACAGCUUUCCAGCUGGUCACAGCUAUGGUCAGAAGAAAUAA